AUGGAUCAGAACACUCCACAGGCUGAACCUGACCAGGAGCACAAACCAGCUCGACGGGCCGCUCCUGUCAGUCAUGUUCAUCGGAUGAGCAUCAAAGAACCAUUUGAGUCGUUGACUGAGAUUGAGAAACUCUAUGCCCAUCAUUUAUCACGCGCGGCAUGGACUGGCGCCCGCAUCAUCCUUGAGCAAGUCUCUCCCGAAGCAAACGAUAUUUUUGAUUUCAUCAUGGAAUUAUAUCGAUCAUGUGACGGCGAUUUUUACGCCUUGGUUCAUCGGUUGUCGCUGGAGAAGACCGAAGUGGAUUACUUCCUACAGUAUGCAGCGGUGUUUCUGUCUAACAUUGGAAACUACUUUGGACGAGGAGAUCAGAAAUUUGUCCCAAGGGUCAAUGCCGACGUGCUGGAAAAGAUGUCGACUGUUUCUGAGGCUGCAGGGAAGCUCUGGUCCAAAAUCAAGGAUGUAAUUUAUUCACGACCACCUCACACUCUAGGCUAUCCAUCCUCCGAUAGCCAGAGCCAGUAUUACCCUCCAGGCACAGACACCAUAACAGUGAAGGAGAUUAAUCAGGUCUCGAAAACGAUGGCAUCGCUGGGGAUUUGGCCUGAGAAUACUCGCCUCAGUACCGACAGGUCCGAGACGGGAGGCAAGUCUUUGGUAGUACUGCAGGCAUCUGUCGAUCAAGGAAGUGAAAUAAUCCGACGAGCCGGCCCUGACAGUUCGCAAAUCACCCUCCGGCGCGGUGACCACGGACAGACGCUUUCUCGCAUGUGUUCUCACCUAAAGGAUGCGCUCAAUUACACGUCCAACGAGACACAAAAGCUAGUCAUCGAAAAGUACGUCGAGAGUUUCACCACGGGAGAUCUCGAGGCAUAUCGUGAAUCUCAGAAGUUAUGGGUCCAGGACAAGUAUCCUGUGGUGGAAAACAUGAUUGGGUUUAUCGAACCCUACCGGGAUCCUGCUGGCAUUCGGUCUGAGUUUGAAGGUAUCGUCGCGAUUGAGAACCCCGAAGAGAGCAAAGCUCUUCGAGAAUUGGUGGAGAACUCGGAUCAAUUCAUCCGAUGUCAACCCUGGGCUCGUGGUUGUACCGACAAUAACGGUAAAGGUCCCUUCGAAAAAGCCACCUUCGACCCACCGAGCUUUGCUAGCAUUCACACACUGACAUAUUGCUCCACCAUCUUGUUUGAUGGCAUCAAUCUCCCCAAUUACAAUGACAUCCGUCAGACACAUGGCUUCAAAAAUGUCGUUAUUGCUAAUCGCAUGGCGGCCAAUUCCAUCGCCAGCUCCCCUAAUUCCUUUGUCCCGUCCCACGAAGCCCAAGAAUUCCAGCGUCAUCAAUUCACCGUCUUAUUUUUAUGGUUGGUGGUCCACGAGCUUCUUGGACAUGGCACGGGUAAGAUGAUGAUACAAUCUUCCGAGGAUGUCUACAAUUUCGACAUCAACAACCCGCCCGUGGAUCCACUAACGGGAAACCCCAUCGAGAAGUGGUACAAGCCUGGCGAGACAUGGACUGGAGUAUUCGGCGACUUGAGCACCAGCGUCGAUGAGUGUCGAUGUGAGCUUGUAAGCGCUUGCUUGAUGGACAAUAAAGAACUGCUCUCCUUGUUCGGUUACAAUGACGAGAGUGACCUCAAGGCAGACGAUGUGACAUAUUAUUUUUAUAUGCAACUGGGUUGGUCAGGUCUCGUCGCGCUUUCAAACUUCAACAUCGAUACCAAGAAAUGGGGCCAAGCCCAUGAUCGGGCCCACUUUGCAAUGCUUCGUUGCCUCCUUGCCGAUGGAGGGGGUUGCGUAAAAAUCGAACACGACCAAGAAAAUGCCCGGUUGAAGGUUGUGGUUGAUCGUAAUCUCAUCAUCUCAAAGGGUAAAGUUGCCCUGGAGAAGAUGCUUCUGAGGCUACACAUGUACCGGGUAACUGCUGACAUCGAUGCCUGCCGACCAUACUUUGAAUCCUUGUCCAAAGUUGAAGAAAACCACUUAGGGUGGCGAAAAACCCUCAUGGCCAAGACGUCACCUCGUCUCAUCUAUGUUCAUGCCAACACAUUUCUCCAUGAGGGGAAAGCUGUGCUCAAGGAGUAUGAAGCAAGCAAUGCCGGUAUUGUGGAGAGUUGGUUUGACCGAGCAAUCUGA